AUGGGUGACGGCCAUGUGGAUGGUGUGUAUUCUAUGGCAAAAGAUCCUGGUUCGUUGGAACGGUUUGCAAGUGGAAGCGGUGAUGGUGUUGUGAAGGUGUGGGACUUGACGACACGCGAGGAAGUGUGGAACACGCAGGCCCAUGAGAAUAUCGUCAAAGGGCUGUGCUGGACACCGGAGCGGAAACUCCUGUCUUGCGCCAGCGACAAAACCGUGAAGCUGUUCGAUCCUUACAAUUCGUCUUCUGAAGCUCCGCCGUUGGCGACCUACUUGGGCCAGUCUGCUUUCACCAGCGUGACACAUCACCGACACCACCCCAGCUUUGCUGCCGCGUCUUCUCAGAUCUCGAUCUACGAUCUCUCUCGUCCUUCCUCUACGCCUUCGCAGACCCUCCACUGGCCGACCAGCAUCGACACCAUCACUUCGGUUGCCUUCAAUCAGACGGAGACUUCGAUCUUGGGCUCGACCGCUAUCGACCGAUCCGUGAUCAUGUAUGAUCUGCGGACUUCACAACCCCUACACAAGCUGGUUCUGCGACUCGCCUCCAACGCCAUCAGCUGGAACCCUAUGGAAGCGUUCAACUUCGCCGUUGCGAACGAAGACCACAAUGUCUAUAUCUUCGACAUGAGAAAGAUGAACCGGGCGUUGAAUGUGCUGAAAGACCAUGUUGCCGCCGUGAUGGAUGUGGAGUUUAGCCCUACCGGUGAGGAGCUGGUGACCGCCUCGUAUGACAAGACUGUGCGUCUGUGGAACAGAGCGCAGGGUCACUCUCGUGACAUCUACCACACGAAACGGAUGCAACGUGUGUUCUCUUGCAAGUUCACCCCGGACAACAAAUACAUCCUGUCGGGAUCCGACGACGGAAACAUCCGGCUCUGGCGUGCCAACGCCUCUGAACGCAGCGGUGUCCAGAGCGCCCGCCAGAAAGCGAAGAUGGAGUACAACAAGACGCUGGUGGAAAGAUACUCGCACAUGCCGGAAAUCAAGAGAAUCAAACGCCAGCGCCAUGUGCCCAAGCCUAUCAAGAAGGCUCGUGAGAUCAAGAGAGAGGAGCUUAUGGCGAUCAAGAGACGCGAGGAGAAUACGCAGUGA